AUGACCUAUGACCAGGAACAAAUGUGGAAGGGUGUCAAGGUUGUUCAACAGCUGCUCAUCAUUGACUGGUGCUCCAAGAGUUGGUGUCUCAGCAACAAGUACUAUAUGGCAGCAGAAGAAUGCACUAUCCAUCCAGGGACCCCCAGUUUCUUCUCUGUGUGGUUCCAGCAGGCUACCAACAUCCAUGAGUCCCAGGAGGCAAACCUCCUCAUAGUGGUGCAAGCACUGCAUGGAAAUGUUCUAAUUGACAAAGGUGCCAAUCUUGAGGAUAUCCUAGAGCUCUGGGCAUUACUGUUCACCAGCAUCUCCAUUAUGAAUAGCUGCCAGACACCUGUCCAUCGUGACAGUAGUGGAGGCUUUAAAUGCAUGGACCUCCUUGCGAUAGUCAGCCCUUACACAAAUGGCAAGAUGGAUAUCCCAACAGUCAGCAUCUGGGUCUGCUACUCAGCAGGGACAAUGGUCAGUAUCACUAGGAGGGCUUUACUUCAUGCCACCGAAGCGACGGGUGAAAGAGCAUGCUUUGCCUACUACAUGAGACACAAUGUCUUGAAACACCUCAACUUGGAGGAGCCAGGAUGGGCAAAGGUCUCAGAUAUUAACGACAUGGUUGCAGACAUGAUGGAGCCAGAUGCAAAGCCCAAAAGACAGUGA